ACUUCCGUUACUUCAGUGCGCUUCAGUUCGUUAGCAACAAUUUUAAAAGCCAACCAACGCAAUGGCCUUCAGCUUCUGGCAAUUCCUCGUCGCCUUCGUGCUGCUCACCCGCUGCAGGGCCGAAACCAUUCAGCUGCAGUCCACGCAGGGAAUCUUGAUUCCUGCUCCUUUGGCCGAGCAACACAUUCGUCAGUCGCGUGCCGCUUACGGUGGUAACAGUGGUGGCUCAUCUUAUGGUGCUCCAGCCCAGGCCCAAUCUUACUCGGCUCCGGCGCCACAAGCUGCUCCCGCCUACUCUGCUCCACAAGCUGCUCCAGCGUACUCAGCACCUGCCGCCCCAGCACCAGCCCCAGCCUACUCCGCUCCAGCCGCACCACAAUACUCAGCACCAGCUGCUCCAGCCGCGCCCGCCACCUACCCGGCGCCACCUUGCGCCAAGAGCUAUCUCUUCAGCUGCCAGCCCUCAUUGGCCCCAGUUCCCUGUGCUGCCCCACCAGCUCCAGCACCUGCCCCAGCUGCUUCCUACGGCUCGGCAGGCGCCUACUCCCAAUAUGCACCCCAGUAUGCCGUUCCCUACGUUCGCGAAUUCCUGUAAAGGCCUGCACUUGGACAACUGACGCUUUGAAUAAAAUGAGAAACAUACAGAAAACAAA